UUUUGCUAUGAAUGCAAGAAAGCUCCGAAGUUUUAAGUUUUGUUGCUUGUGCUGCCCGUCUGCUGUAUGUGGACACUGCCUCUGUGAUUCUGGGUUCGCAGUAGUUAGAGGGAGUAAAGGAUUCUGCGAAAAUUGCUUAGAGCUUGUGGUGCUUAUAGAAGAAAAGAAAGAUGUUAACUCAAUUGGGGAAAAAAUAGAUUUCUAUGCUAAAGACACAAUAGAGUUCUAUUUUAAUGGGUAUUGGCAGAUAGUAAAGGAAAAAGAAGGCUUAACUACAGAACAUGUUAUUUCGGCAUAUAAUCUAUUGAAGAAGGGGAGAAAUCAUAGGUCUCCUGAUUCAUAUGAAUAUGAUGAAGGGGAAGAAGAUAUUGAAGAUUUUGUAGAUGAAAGUCAACUCGUUGUAUCUGAUUAUGAUGAUUUAGGUGACACAGCAGACGACAAGAAAAUUGGGAAGAGGAAUAGAUCAAAAAGAAAGCAAUCUGCCACGAAAAGAAAGGCGAGUUCAAAGAAAAGGGAGUUCAUUGGGUGGGGAUCAAAAACCCUACUAGACUUUCUUGAUUCCAUUGGUAAAGAUACAACCUGUGAACUCUCGCUGUAUGAUAUUACAACCAUUAUUACCGAAUACUGCAAGGAAAACCGGCUUUUUCACCCGGAAAGAAAGAAAAUUAUCAUUUGUGAUGCAAGGCUGCAGCCUCUCUUGGGAAGGAAGUCAGUGAAUAGAAACAGUAUAUAUAACCGACUGACUGCCGACCUUGCUGAGAACAUAGAUCAUUCGGAGGAUGAAUCUAAAAGUAGUUUGGAAACUGUUGAUGAAUGUGACUCAGUGGUGGAAAAAAGAAUGGAAAAAUUAAGCUCAUUUAAAAAAUCUGAUCACAAGGAAGUAGCUGCAGAAGUCCAGAAAAGCUGUUUUGCUUCUGUAGUCCCUAAGAAUAUCAAGCUUGUCUACUUAAGGAGGAGUUUAGUGGAGGAUCUUGCGAAGCAACCAGAAACUUUCGAUGCUAAAGUAAUUGGAAGUUUUGUGAGAUUGAAAUCGGACCCAAAUGAUUAUUUGCAGAAAAAUUCUCAUCAGCUUGUUCAAGUUAUAGACAUUAAGAGACCAUCAAGCUUGAAAUCAGAAAUUCUUCUUCAACUUUCCAAUAGGGUGAAAGAGUUAUCCAUUUCCAAGUUGUCAGACGAUGACUUCCAUGAGGAUGAGUGUGAGGAUUUGCGGCAGAGAGUGAUAAACGGCCUUUUGAAAAGGCCAACUGUUGUGGAACUUGACCGUAAGGCGAGAAGCUUGCAUGAGGAUAUAACUAAACAUUGGAUUACGAGGGAGCUGGUUUCAUUACAAAAGCGCAUUGAUAGAGCAAAUGAGAAGGGAUGGAGGAGAGAAUAUCCUUUGAUGUCUGCUGCUGCUUCAGACACCAUCAGAGCAAGCACGGUUACAAAAUGAGGCUCCUCAAG